UUAUAAUUUGGGAAAGAAAAGGAGAUAUUUUAUUUUUUUAGGAAAAAGUCUCUAUCGCGUCGGGUUGGUAUUUGGCGGGAAAUCCAGUAUUGAGAACGCAGGGAGUUCCGAAAAUGGCGAAUCGGCUUAUCAGUGAAAUCGGUCUUCCGAACUCCAUUGCCAACAUCUUUGCAGCUCGUAACAUCAAAACUGCUAAGGAUGCACUUUCUUUAACAGAAUUUGAGCUAAUAGAGUUACUGGAUGUUGGGUUAGCAGAGGUGAUUUCUGCGCUUACGUACAUUAGUGAAAUGGUCUGCCCUCCCUUUCUAACAGCAUUAAUGCUUUUGGAGCAACGUGUUCAAAAAGAGCACUUGGCUGGCCAUCUUCCUACAAGAUUGAUGGGUUUAGACAAGGCUUUGUGUGGCGGGAUUCCUUUUGGUGUUGUCACUGAGCUGGUUGGUCCAGCAGGGGUUGGAAAAACACAAUUUUGCUUGAAGCUGGCGUUACUAGCUUCACUUCCUUCAAGCUGUGGUGGCUUAGAUGGCCAUGUUAUUUAUAUUGACGUGGAGUCCUAAUUCAAUUCACGAAGAUUUGGCAAGCUUUUGUAAUAAAUUAUGAGUUCAGACUUCAGAACAUUGAAGCAUCCUGUUCUGCUCUAAUGCUCCAACCUUCCGUAUCUUACUACUACCCAACGAGGUGAGCGUCCGUGCGGAGGUAUUGUGUUUUCUGUGAUUUAGAUGCAUCAUUUUUUAUUAUGUUCUGUGUAUCAGAAACUUCAGUUUGCAUACUCUUGAUGUGCGUUUUAUGCUGGUUUAAUAUAUGUUCUUGUGGA